AUGGCUGGUCUCCAUACAUCUAAUUUGGUGGAUACUCAUCUUGAGGUAAAUGUUAAAUAUCAUCGUAAUUAUGACGAACUUUCGCUUGAUCCCUUAUUAUAUCGGCAACUUGUGAGUAGCCGUAAUUACUUAACUUUUACUCGCCUUGACAUAUCUUUUGACGUUCAACAAGUAAGUCAAUUCAUGCAUUCUCCUACCCAUCUUCACUUGACAGCAGUUCAUCCUAUAAUUCACUACUUGAAAGGAACUCCACAUCAUAGUUUAUUCUUUCCUUCAGGAAUGAUCUCUCAAUUGAGUGCUUAUAGUGAUGCUGAUUGGGUAGGGUGUCUUGAUGCUCGACUAUCUGUCACCGGUUGCUGUAUGUUUCUUGGCUGUUCAUUGAUCAUAUGGAAAAAUAAGAAGCAAGCAAGAGUUUCUAAAUCUUCCACUAAAUAUGAGUAUCGUGCUAUAUCUGCUGCUUGUUCAUAA